GUCUGCCAAAGCUAGAGAGAAGCCUGUGCCUGCAGCCGCCUUGCUCCGGAGACGAUGCGAAUCCCAUCAUCCCUACCUCUCCCCAUGGAGAGCAACUGGGCUGUCCGCACACUCUCACAGACUUUGGGCCAUUUGCUACUGUGGACAGCUAUGCUCCAUCUUGUUGCUGGAACACAUGCAGAUCUCCCGAAGGCUGUGGUGAAACUUGAGCCCCCAUGGAUCCAGGUGCUCCGGGAAGACAGUGUGACACUGAAGUGCGAAGGGACCCGCAACCUUGGGAACGAUUCGACCCAGUGGCUCCACAAUGGGAGAGCCAUCAGCAGCCAGGCCCAUCCCAGCUACACAUUUAAAGCCACAGUCAAUAACAGUGGAGAGUAUCAGUGUCAAACGGGCCAGACCAGCCUCAGCGACCCUGUACAUCUGGGAGUGAUUUCUGACUGGCUGCUGCUCCAGACCCCUCAACUGGUAUUCCUGGAAGGAGAAACCAUCAUGCUGAGGUGCCAUGGUUGGAGGAACAAACCCCUGAACAAGGUCACAUUCUACCAGAAUGGAAAAUCGGUGAAAUUUCAUCAUUACAGUGGCAACUUCUCCAUCUCCAAAGCCAAUCACAGCCACAGUGGUGAUUACCACUGCACAGGACUUCUAGGAAGGACAAAAUACUCAUCGAAGCCUGUGACCAUCACUGUCCAAGAGCCCAAAUCCAGCAGGUCUUUACCGGUGUUGACCAUUGUAGCUGCUGUCACUGGAAUUGCUGUAGCAGCCCUUGUUAUUAUCCUAGUAUCCUUGAUCUAUCUCAAGAAGAAACAGGCUCCAGCUCUCCCAGGAAACCCUGAUCCCAGGGAAAAGGGAGAUACCCUUCCCCCGGAACUAGGUGAGUACAGCGAGCCCUCUGGGGGCUCAGUGCCGGUCAGCCCAGGGCCUCCAUGUGGACCGGAGCCAGCAAACAGCAGCUCAUACAAUCCUCCUGAUCUCGAAGAAGCUGCCAAAACUGAGGUUGAGAAUACAAUCACCUAUUCACUUCUCAAGCAUCCUGAAGCUCCGGAUGAAGAUGCAGAGCCUGAUUACCAGAACCACAUUUAAUCUCCCUUUUCUUGACUUGGGAUUGGGAAAAGCAAACCAGAAAGGUCAGGAUCUAGUGUUUCCUGGCCAAGGGGAUGCUGUAGACAUUAAGGAGGCCCAUGCAGAGUCAUCUAUGUGAGUCCCGAAACCAACAGACACUACAGUACUGGUCCCCAGUGGUUGACUGUACUAAUAACUUCUAUGAUUUACCGCUUCCCAACUCCAGACUCUUCUGCCAUAAAUUCACACAGCCAAUAAAAUUAAUCAACUCACUGUCAUUAACAGAUUGCAGCAACAUGGGAACCGCAUAUGUUACAGGUUAUGUCAGACUAUACGGUCUCAGCAAUGCUAAAAUGGACUUGUACCAACAUGGCAAAAGUCAUGCUUCAGGGUGAUGGGAUUAUAAGGGAUUUUGAUCUUCUUCCUUAUUUUUCUGUAAAGGCCAAUGUUACUUUUAUAGUAAAAUAUUGUAAAAACAA